GCAGAUGCAAAAGCAGACAGCGCGCAUUGCUCACGCCGGUAUCUUGGGCUGCACAACGGUUUUCUGCAACUCUAAUUAAGACAUGGACUGUGGUUAGACCAGGGUGCAGACCGAGCCGGUCUGGCAUAUUUUUUGCUUUUAUUAUUACUGUUUUGAUCACACUGUCACGCAGCGCUCAGCACGGCCGGCCUCGCCUAUGCUUUGCUGCCCUCCAACGGGUGGAAGAGGCGAUCCCUGGCGGCCGCGCUCCGAGCGGUCACAUGAGGCGCCGCGGAGCCCCCGCCCUCCUUCUCCCGCACCCCCUUGCCGCGAAUGGCACGGCCCGGAUGCGCUUGUUGAAACAAGGGAAGAUGAGGAACAAAACAUCAAGCUGACAGAAAUUUUGGAGCUGUUGGUGGCUGCUGGGUAUUUCCGAGCAAGAAUCAAAGGGUUAUCUCCCUUUGACAAGGUUGUAGGCGGCAUGACGUGGUGCAUCACUACGUGCAACUUUGAUAUCGACAUUGAUUUAUUGUUUCAGGAGAACUCUACUAUUGGUCAGAAAAUUGCCUUAACUGAAAAAAUUGUGUCAGUAUUACCAAAAAUGAAGUGUCCUCAUCGUUUGGAACCGCAUCAGAUCCAGGGUCUGGAUUUCAUUCAUAUAUUUCCCGUUGUACAGUGGCUGGUGAAACGUGCAAUAGAAACAAGGGAAGAAAUGGGGGACUAUAUCCGUUCUUACUCUAUAUCACAGUUUCAAAAAACUCAUAGACUUCCAGAGGAUGAUGAAUUUAUGCAAAGAAAAGAGAAGGCUAUCAAAACAGUUACUGAUAUCUUUGAGGUUUACAAACCCCAGAGAAAAUACAAACGUCAGAAGGGGGCUGAAGAAAUACUAGAUGAGGAGUCAAAGGUUCACGCCACGCUUCUGGAAUAUGGCAGGAGGUAUGGAUUUAGCAGACAAGCAGGAAAAACAGAACAGACUGAAGAUAAGAAAAUUGUGCUACCCUCAGGGCUUGCAGCAGCAGGAAAAGCUGAGCCUUGUGAUGAAGAUGACCUUCGGGCAGCUGAAGAGCUUCGCAUUAAAACUCUGAUGACUGGAAUGGCUGCAAUGGCAACAGAAGAGGGCAAGUUGACAGCAAGCACAGUAGGACAGAUAGUUGGACUCCAGUCGGAUGAGAUCAAGCAAAUAGUGUCAGAAUAUGCUGAAAAGCAGUCUGAGCUUUCCGCUGAGGAGCGACCAGAAAGGCUUGGAGCUGCUCAACAACACAGAAGGAAGGUGGCAUCUCUGAAUAAGCAGAUUUUGCAGAAAACCAAACUCCUGGAAGAGCUGCAAGCUAAAUUUGUUGAUCUACAGGCAAAAUGUACCGAAGCAAAAAAGACAUUAACUGAGGUCAAGAGUUACAGUGAAAAGCUGGACAAAGAACUGGCAGCCUUAGAAACAAUAGAAUCCCAAGCAGAUUCUAGUGUGUUACAGAAUCUGCGAAUGCUGGUAGCCAUGAAUGAAAACCUCAAAAGCCAGGAGCAAGAAUUCAAAGCACAUUGUAGGGAAGAAAUGGAGCGGCUUCAACAAGAUAUUGAGAAUUUGAAAGCUGAGGCAGCAGAAAAUGGGGAGGAAGAGGAGCCGAAUAAGCUUAUAGACCAGCAGUACCAAACUGAGAAGGAAAAACUUCAAAAGAUCCGCCUAUUGUUGGCACGAAGAAACAGAGAAAUAGCGAUUUUACAGCGCAAGAUUGAUGAAGUACCCAGCCGAGCUGAGCUAACACAGUAUCAGAAGAGAUUUAUUGAACUUUACAGUCAGGUCUCAGCAACUCACAAAGAAACAAAGCAGUUCUUUACUCUUUAUAAUACACUGGAUGAUAAAAAAGUAUAUUUGGAAAAGGAGGUCAAUUUACUGAAUUCUAUCCAUGACAACUUUCAUCAAGCAAUGGCAUCUUCUGGUUCUCGUGAGCAGUUCUUGCGACAGAUGGAGCAGAUUGUAGAAGGCAUCAAACAGAAUCGAAUGAAGAUGGAAAAGAAGAAGCAAGAAAAUAAAAUGCGAAGAGAUCAGUUGAAUGAUGAAUACUUAGAGCUUCUAGAGAAACAGAGGCUUUACUUUAAAACAGUGAAAGAAUUUAAAGAGGAAUGUCGUAAGAACGAAAUGCUGCUGUCCAAGCUGAAAGCUAGUUCUUCCUGAAGAUCUCCAGCUGGUGAAGUUGAUCUAUAUGAUUGUUCAGUCUAUACAUUAAAUCUCUUUUGUGAAGUGACAGUUACAGCUGCAGUUGUAGACAUGCGUGUGUAUGUACAUACACACAGCUGUAAAGUCUGGGAUUUUUUUUCCAGUAUGUACUCUUUUACAUUCCUUCAUCAAAUGGCUGUAUUAUUCAUUAUUGCCUCCACUACACAGUAAAGAGUUAAUGCAGUACAGCAAAACAGAAAUACUGUCUAAUUUUAUUUAUUUCUGUUGUUGUUUUUUUUUUCUUCACGGUAAGGACAAUGAAGAUGGUUUUUAAUUUGGGUUUUAAUGCUGAAGAACUCCAAAAUUCUGCAAUAAGUAGAUAUAGACUGUGUAGUAUGUCCAGUACCGUAAGAUGAGCGCUGCAAGGUGCAGUAGCUUGUUAAUUUUGGCCAAACAUAAACACAGAAGAUGGUUCCCAAAACUUUCCACCGGCUAAUAACUUCACACCGUUUUAAUUUAAACUCAAGAGAAGAUUCCAGAGGAAUAAAAAUUAAUUUCUAAUGGUUAAGACAGAAGAAAAUGGAAACUUAGCUUGGAUAAUUCUCAUGUAAAAAUAUAGAUCUAUAUUUUUAUAAAGUCUAGCAGUUGUAUAAUUUUGUUUGAAAUUUCCUUUUUUAUAUAUAGAGUAUGCACUUGUUAAAUUAAUAACUCCAGGAAAAAUACCUUAAUCACUAGAGCCAUCGUGUGUUAUCCCUGGCUGGGAUGAAAGUCUAAGUCUGUGUCAGCUGUAACAUAGGAGGAUAAAUAUUCAGACUUUCUACUCAAAUGACCUGAUGCUCACCUGUGAAGACAACAGCCUAUCUACCCUACUGAAGAUUUGUCCUUGAAGGUUUAGAAACUUUGUGGAACACUUUUUCUGAAACGUUUUUAUAUCUGUAUGUAUGGUAUUUUAUAAUUCAAACAGUUGCUUUUUGUACUUAACAUCAGGAUUUUGGACUGACUUAAUGUACAUCACAUCUUUUGUUCAGGAAAAGGAAAACCGCAUUAUUUUUCCCCAGUAACGCUGAUGGCUGCUGAUAGAUUACUUUCUAUGGCAGCAAAUACAAAAUAAAAAGAUGUUUAGAAUUCAGUGAACUUUUGCUAUUGUGUUUUUAGGAUGGCACUUCAAGGUUCCACACUUAAGGUUGAUAUAGUUGCCUUAAUAUGAUUUUGAAUUGCAGGUGCAUUAAAAGAUGAAUUCUGUAAA